AUGAUCAGAUGUUUAGACCUGGAGACGGUUUCUAGGCUUCGAGGAGGCAUGCUAAUAGAUUCGACCGAGUCGGCAAUUCGGGAAUUGGUAUCAAAUGCCAUUGACGCAGAGGCUCAUCACAUCAGAGUCAAACUCCACCUCGGCACUUUGAGUGUUUGUGUGGAAGACGAUGGGACUGGGAUGGUGAAGGAGAACCUUGAUAAGGCUGGGAUUCCUCACCACACUUCGAAGUUUGGUAAGGAGAGUAUUGGGUUUCGUGGAGAAGCACUCAAUGCGUUGGUUAACAGCAGCUCUAACGUUGUCCUACGAUCGAAGACGAUAAACGAGUCUGAUUGGAAUACUAAGAGCUUUAGAAAGCAAAAGGAACUGAGCGUUCAGGUACUUGAUGACUUCUUUGCUCCUACUUAUGGUGCUCAGGGAACUGUGGUUAUGGUAGCUCGGUUGUUUGGUCCUGCUCCAGUUCGCUGGGAGCUUGCGAUGGAGAAUCAGAAACCUAUGCUCGAUUCUAUUCGUGUUAAGUUGUUUGAGACUGUUGCUACUAAACCUGAUGUAUGUCUUUCGAUGUACGUGAACGACGGUGAUCUGGAAACCGGCUUUAGGAAGAUCAUCGAUACGAGCGAUUGUGCAACUAUUACUGAAGCUUACUCUUCACUUUUUGGCCAAAGAAAUUUUGAACGCUAUGAAGAUAAAGACGGGGAAGCAAUUCUCACUUUGUUCGUCUCCCAAGAAUCUGUCCAAACCAGUCGGCUUCAGUUCGUGUUUCUCAAUAAUACGCCGGUUCAUUUAUCAGGCUCUGAAAGAAGAAGCAUCUCAGACUAUAUUUCAAGAGCUAAGUACACCUCUGUGAAAGGCUACUUUGGGAGGUCCACAAAAGGAUGCCCUUCGUUUAUUAUCCUUGUCAAGCAGCACCAGGAGGAUGGACAAUUACCUGGCCAAAAGGACUCUAGGCUAGUUUACAAACAAGUCUUCCAAAGCUUGCAAAGCCUUUUUAAGGAAGUAGAUGAGCUCGGCGAAACACCCAAGAAACGAACUAGACGUUCUAAUACGACUCCUCAGGGGUCUCCUUCUACUCCAAUAGUUGCAACUCCUGAGUCCACUCCAGAAUCUCCCCAACUUUCUCAAGUUACACAGGAUAUGUUCGUUGACAAUUGCCAAAUAAUCAGCCAGGUGGUUGAUCGCUUUAUCCUACUCAGGGACAAAAAUUCUUUAUACAUUGCCGACCAACAUGCCUGUGACGAGCGGAUCCAAUAUGAACAUCUUCUUCGAGAUUUCUUAGAUAAUCUCCACGACCCAUUCAUAGACUUGCGAAUUCGUUGUGAUGAGAUAGCUCUGUUUGAAGUCGAUUCUCGGGAGUUGAGUACUCUUGUCGAAAAAAAGGACCAUCUCCAAACAUUUGGAAUAGAUUUUGAAAGCGAUACUGCCCAUGUUUACGUUACCCAUCUUCCUGCAAUCCUUAUACCUAAAGCAAGCAACGUCUUAUCCUUGAAAGCAUUCUUAUUGGGAUGGGCUGAAGAUCUUCAACAGAAACACACAGAACCAGCCUUGUCGCAGGACUGGUUCUUAGCCAUUCAACAGAUACCAAGAGGAAUUCGUGAUUCGAUCAUAACAAAGUCUUGCAAACAAGCCAUCAAGUUUGGAGAGAUUCUCUCUCAUGGUGAGAUGGUCCACUUGUUAAUCAUGUUUGGAUCUCCCGAGUCUGAAAAGUUCUAUUCAGGAACUGGAUCUAUGCUCGAUGGCGUUAAUAAUGACACCCUCUCCACUCCACUCAGACGUCUUCCGAACGCCAAUGUGAAUCUGGUGUUGAACGAAAUUAAUGAAGACAGGCAGUACAACAAACAAGCCGAACUGCAACCACAAGCAUCAAACGCUCCAAUAAGCCGAUCCUCCCAGUAUGCAUCGUUUAAUGAUAUGGAUAAUCUUCUUCCACUAUCAGAAGCAUCCUUACAAGCAUCCCAGGCAAGAAUGCCAUUCAGCAGCAUGGGAAGGAAUGAUGAUGAACUUGAUGAUGAUGAAGAAUUGGUGGACGAGUCCACUCCUACUGGAGAAUGGAUGAGUCCUGUGAUGAAGGAAGCUUUGAGCAGACAAGUCAACAAGGAGAGAAUCUUCAAGAACUUGUAUACUAAUGUGUUUCGCUUAGUUGGCUUCCAUCUUUUCAUACUCUUCACAGAGUACUUCUACAAGCUCUAUCAGCUCAACCAUCAGUAUUCUCAAGUGCUUCGAAAGCAUGCAGCGUGGGCACGUUAUGUUGAAAACGAGAAGGGUUUAAUACCGACCUUCUGGCCUCAUGUUCAUCACCUCCAAUGGAUAUUUAUCAUUGCAAUCGUCAUCAGCUUGGUACGUCUUGUAUGGCCACAAGACCAGUGCGUGGACUUGCCGCUCACAGACAAGCAGAGACAAUUGGUUGGUCUCAAGCCAUUGAUAGCCGGUCAGGUCGAUGACGAAGAUGAUGGCUUCGCGUUCAAGAAACGCAAGUUUGAACUGAAAGCACACAGAAAUAUCACACCUCCUCGUUACCUGAAGAUCAGCGGUUUAAUUUCUUCAAUUGGCGAAAGCAUUCCAAAAGUCCAGAAUGAAGAGCCUGACAUUGCACUCUCAGAUGUGGUGCCCUCAAGAUCAGCUGCGCGUCCUCUCCAACGAGUCAACCGCUUACCAACCAAAGAACAAGAACAAAUCUCCAAGAAGUUCUACGAUAAGUUCAAUUGA